GGGCAAUCGAUAACUGCGAUAUCUCUGAAGAACAAAGCUCACGAAACCAAAAUGUAAUGGAGAGAAACGAAACUCAUGUACCUGAUGAACUGUACCCAGAUCGAGUGAACAUCCGUGACGGAUUACAAGAGCAGACCGAACAUAGCGAAACCAGCUGUUCUAAUAAUGGUAAGAUAUAGUUUUAAAUGCCUCAUUUUCAUGUAUUUUCUCAUGAUAUUGCUUUCUUUUGUGCGCAGCGAAAUCCUCUUCCAAACAAGGAAUACAGAAACGGCUCGAAAAUGAGAACUCCACUAGACAGCACCCCAGACGAGAGAGAAGAAUUCCGACAAAGCUAAAAGAUAUGGUUUUGUUCAACAUAUAUGAAUAAAGAGUAGAGGUGGGAUGAAUUGUAGGGAUUGGAUCAGUAUGAACAUAAUAAUAAUUAUAAUAAUAAUAAAAAAAAAUAAUGAACAGUGAAACAUGAACUUAUAACUUGGUUUUAUUGAAUGAAAUUAAAAUUAUAUUGUAUUAGAGCCCAAUAAAGUACCCAAUCGUUUAAAACUAAUCGAUUUAGAAUCAAUUUGCAUGAAGCGUGCCAGAGAAAGAAAACUCUUCGUUUAGAAAUCCCAAUUUCUUCCAUAAUUUGCUCGUUUAUCAUAAUGAUUUACCAGCGCUGCGCUGAUUGGUCAAAGAUGUAGGGGAAAUAUUGAAGGGGAAAAGACACCAUCGGUGCACCGCAGCUCGUAUAAAUAGAACUACCCAUGCCAUGGUACGGGCACUUUUUCGGCGGACGCGAUACGAGACACAUCUCUGGCAGCAGCAGCAGCAGCAGCAACGAAUUGGGAAGCAGCUCCGACAAUAAGACGAAACCCUCUCGCUCGUCGGCAACGAUUGGAGAGCAACAGUCACCGGUGGAGAGUCCGGUUGACUGGUUUGCACAGCGGCAUCUGACUGUAAGACGACAGCGACUGGCAUCGCUCUCGCCAGUCGGCAACGAUCCGGCUGUUAGACGGAAGCGAGUGGCAUCGCUUUCGCUUGUCGGCAACGAUCUACACAAGAGAAUUGCACCGGCCGAAGGCUCGGUUGGUGAUUCCACGCAGCGGCAUCCGACUGUAAGACGACAGCGACUGGCAUCGCUCUCGCCAGUCGGCAACGAUCCGGCUGUUAGACGGAAGCGAGUGGCAUCGCUUUCGCUUGUCGGCAACGAUCUACACAAGAGAAUUGCACCGGCCGAAGGCUCGGUUGGUGAUUCCACGCAGCGGCAUCCGACUGUAAGACGACAGCGACUGGCAUCGCUCUCGCCAGUUGGCAACGAUCCGGCUGUUAGACGGAAGCGAGUGGCAUCGCUUUCGCUUGUCGGCAACGAUCCACCCAAGAGACAUACGAACCACACUAGGGAAUUCCACCGGCCGAAGACUCGGUUGGUGAUUCCACGCAGCGGCACCCGACUGUAAGACGACAGCGACUGGCAUCGCUCUCGCCCGUUGGCAACGAUCCGGCUGUUAGACGGAAGCAAGUGGCAUCGCUUUCGCUUGUCGGCAACGAUCCACCCAAGAGACAUACGAACCACACUAGGGAAUUCCACCGGCCGAAGACUCGGUUGGUGAUUCCACGCAGCGGCACCCGACUGUAAGACGACAGCGACUGGCAUCGCUCUCGCCCGUUGGCAACGAUCCGGCUGUUAGACGGAAGCGAGUGGCAUCGCUUUCGCUUGUCGGCAACGAUCCACCCAAGAGAAUUACGAACCACACUAGGGAAUUCCACCGGCCGAAGACUCGGUUGGUGAUUCCACGCAGCGGCACCCGACUGUAAGACGACAGCGACUGGCAUCGCUCUCGCCCGUUGGCAACGAUCCGGCUGUUAGACGGAAGCGAGUUACUUCGUUUUCGCUGGUCGGCAACGAUCCCAGUAUGGCGGAUUUACCGGGGUACGAAAACUUGGCCGGUCGCGAC